UUCGUUCUCCGGUAGUUUCCCUGCUUCGCGUUCUCUUGCACAAAGCCCUAAGCACCAAACCUCCUUCGUCGUGAAUCAUAUGCUGAUUUGCAUCUCGGAUUGGAAACUUCACCGUUGAUUUCAUGAUUCAAGGAAAAUACGCAUAAUAGUUUUCUCCAAGUGUGUAGAUUUCUUUUCAAAUGACUACUUCGAAGAGAAAUUACAAGGAGAAAGCUCUCCGUCGCAAGGAAGAGAAACUCGAGGAGCCAGAACCGCCUAAAUAUAGAGACCGAGCCAAAGAGCGAAGAGAAGACCAAAAUCCUGACUAUGAAACAACUGAGUUGGGACUUCAUGCAGUCGCUCCUCCUGGUACUGUAGAUCUACGGUCAGCUGAUGCACACAAGUUAUCCAUUGAGAAGAGCAAGUACCUUGGAGGUGAUGUGGAGCACACUCAUCUGGUUAAAGGUCUAGAUUAUGCUUUGCUGAAUAAAGUUAGAAGUGAGAUUGAUAAGAAGCCAGAGACAGGGGACGAUGUUGAUGGAAAACCUAGAGCAUCAAAGGAAGAUCAACAAGUGUCAAUUCGCACAUCAACUGCAAAGUCUGUUUAUCGGUGGAUAGUCAAACCCCAGACUAUCUUGAAAACAAAUGAGAUGUUUCUUCCUGGUCGGAUGUCUUUUAUUUUUAAUAUGGAGGGUGGAUAUUAUCAUGAUAUUCCAACUACCUUGCACCGGAGUAAAGCUGACUGUCCAGUGCCAGAGGAAAUGGUUACAGUUAAUGUUGACGGAUCUGUCCUAGAUAGGAUUGCUAAAAUUAUGUCAUAUCUUCGUCUUGGCUCUUCUGGGAAGGUUCUAAAGAAGAAAAAGAAGGAAAAAGAUGUGAAAGGAAAGAGUUUGGCUGCCGGUAAUGGAUAUGAUGAAGAGGAUAAGCCAUCAAAGGUUGAAGGUGGGGGAGGGAGGAAUCAAACUGAAAGAGAAUUUGUCCCGCCACCACCUCCUCCUUUCAAAAAGAGUUCUCUUAAUUCAAGAGAGAAACAAGGCCCAGCUGUUGCAAGAGCAGAAGAGGAUGACAUUUUUGUCGGAGAUGGUGUUGACUAUGAUGUUCCUGGUAAAGAGUUGAGCCAAAGCCCUCUUUCAGAGGACAUGGAAGAAUCUCCUAGGAACAAGGAAAAACCCUCAUAUUUCGCUGAACCUACUUAUGGUCCCGUCCCGCCCUCUGUUGUGCCACAAGGAUGGCAAGAAGCAUCUCAGAAUGGGUAUGAUGUAAUGCAAGCGCAAGCCUUGGCUAGUGGCUACCAAGGAGAGUGGCAGGAUUACCAGUAUGCAGAACAGCUGGCUUACCCGGACCAAUAUCUUCAGGCAAAUAUGCAGGUUUAUGAUUUGCAAACAGGUUUAAAUAUUCCCCAAGACCCACGCUUCAUGACUCAAGAAGAGAAGGAUCGAGGUUUAGGAUCAGUUUUCAAGAGAGAUGAUCAGAGACUUCAACAGUUGAGGGAGAAAGAUGCUCGUGAAAAAGAUCCCAACUUCAUCUCUGAGAGUUAUUCUGAAUGUUACCCAGGAUAUCAAGAGUACAACCGGGAGAUAGUGGACAGUGAUGAUGAAGAUGACCUGUCCAAAAUGGACAUGGGCGGAAGGGCCAAGGGUCGUCUUCAUAGAUGGGACUUUGAAACAGAAGAGGAAUGGGCUACUUACAAUGAGCAGAAGGAAGCAAUGCCAAAGGCUGCAUUCCAGUUUGGUGUGAAGAUGCAAGACGGUCGGAAGACACGAAAGCAAAACAAGGACCAAAAGCUUAAUAACGAGCUGCAUAAAAUCAAUAAGAUACUUGCCAGGAAGAAGAUGGAAAAGGAGGCAAAUGGUGAGGCUGGCCACCAUUUUGAUGACGAGAUUCAGCCUGGAAAGAAGCUCCGAAUAUGAGUCUUGUUUCAUAAACGCAUUGUAACAUUCAUAGAAUGAGAUGGCCAUUUCUGCCUGAAGAUGGUGAAUUUGUGAUGCCAUUAUCUGGAAGUCUUAUUCAUGUAUUGUUUUUAAUCUCUUGUUUCCUUCUUACUCUACCCUCUGAAGUUCCGAUUUUGAUGAACCUAGUUUUGCUGAA